UUCCCGGAGACCCGGCGGGGCGUCCCCAAGCGGCGCAUGAGGUACUGCGACCCGCUCCGCAACGAGUACUUCUUCGACCGCAACCGGCCCAGCUUCGACGCCAUCCUCUACUACUACCAGUCCGGGGGCCGCAUCCGCCGGCCGGUCAACGUGCCCAUCGACAUCUUCUCCGAGGAGAUCCGCUUCUACCAGCUGGGCGAGGAGGCCAUGGAGAAGUUCCGCGAGGACGAGGGCUUCCUGCGGGAGGAGGAGCGGCCCCUGCCCCGCCGCGACUUGGUGUGGCUGCUCUUCGAGUACCCCGAGAGCUCCGGACCGGCCCGAGGCAUCGCCAUCGUGUCCGUGCUCGUCAUCCUCAUCUCCAUUGUCAUCUUCUGCCUGGAGACGCUGCCCGAGUUCCGCGACGAGAAGGACUACCCCGCCUCCCCGUCUCAGGAUGUGUUCGAGGCGGCUGGCAACAGCACGUCGGGGACCCCGGCCGGAGCCUCCAGCUUCUCUGAUCCCUUCUUCGUGGUGGAGACCCUGUGCAUCAUCUGGUUCUCCUUUGAGCUGCUGGUGCGCUUCUUCGCUUGCCCCAGCAAAGCCACCUUCUCACGAAAUAUCAUGAACCUGAUAGACAUCGUGGCCAUCAUCCCGUAUUUCAUCACUCUGGGCACCGAGCUGGCUGAGCGACAGGGAAACGGACAGCAGGCCAUGUCCCUGGCCAUCUUGAGGGUCAUCCGCCUGGUGAGGGUCUUCCGUAUCUUCAAGCUCUCCCGCCACUCCAAGGGGCUGCAGAUCCUCGGGCAGACGCUGAAGGCUUCCAUGCGGGAAUUGGGCUUGCUUAUCUUUUUCCUCUUUAUUGGAGUCAUCCUUUUCUCCAGCGCCGUCUACUUUGCUGAGGCAGACGACCCCACUUCAGGUUUCAGCAGUAUCCCGGAUGCCUUCUGGUGGGCAGUGGUAACCAUGACAACGGUAGGCUAUGGUGAUAUGCACCCAGUGACCAUAGGGGGCAAGAUUGUGGGAUCUCUCUGUGCCAUCGCCGGUGUCCUGACCAUUGCUUUGCCAGUUCCUGUGAUUGUUUCCAACUUCAAUUACUUCUACCAUCGGGAGACAGAAGGGGAAGAGCAAGCCCAGUACAUGCACGUGGGGAGUUGCCAGCAUCUCUCUUCUUCAGCCGACGAGCUCCGAAAAGCCAGGAGUAACUCAACUCUGAGUAAGUCGGAGUACAUGGUGAUCGAAGAGGCGGGUAUGAACCAUAGCGCUUUCCCCCAGACCCCAUUCAAAACGGGCAAUUCCACUGCCACCUGCACCACGAACAAUAAUCCCAACUCUUGUGUCAACAUCAAAAAGAUAUUCACCGAUGUUUAAUGUAUGAUACAAGUGACAUACUGUACUCAGUUUGCGUGGAACGUGCCCCCUUGGUCUGUGUAUGCCCUUGUUUUAUACAUUUCCAGACCAUCCAUCAGAAAAGGCCAUGAAGUGGGAAGCACACACUUCAUUCUCCCUGUCCCUACUGCUUCAUACUGAAACAGGUGCCUGUUUUGCAAGUGGGCUGCAUUCUCUCAGCCCUUUUUUUUUUCUCCCUCUCUCUUAAUAUUGCAAACAACAAACUUACAUUAAACUUCAUUUCUAGUACACGCCCCGUGAAAAACAGUACAUCCUGGGAGGAAAUGAAACUAAAGAAUGGUUAGAGUAACUGUUUAACCUCAAAAUUAAAAGGGGUUGUUUCUUUACUAAGUAAAGCAGGCAAAUACUUAAAGGCUGCUUCAGUUUGAUGGACUCUUCAACAUUAUUUAUUGAAUGUUCAACUGUGCUACUGUGAAUGAAAAAUCUAACUAGGACAAUGACUUAUAAAUCUACCGUAGUUUAUUUGGUUUUUGGCUGGAAGUUUUAUCUGAAUUGCAACCUCACCCUCCCCCCACCCCCUUGAGAGGGUCUCUACAACUUUGAACAAAGGGAAAUGCUCAAGGUGUAAUUAGUUUAAUGCUGACUAAUUAGUUUAAUGCUUUGGAGCUUGCUAAGCAUUUCCAAAGUAUUAGACUAACAGAUUCCCACGAAGUUGUGUGCAUAUGUCUCAGCCAACAUCUAUCAAAGUCGAGAAGCAGAUGUUUCAGUGCUGCUGAGAGAAACAAAAAAAAAAAUUUCCUGAUGCAUCUGAGAGAUAAGCUUCUGCAGUAUCACAAGAAGAUUAAAGUGGCAGACACCCCUUCCAGCGGAAGUUACUAAUUCGGACCUGACUGAUGCAGUUCCCAUAGCAACCCAUGUUUCCUGGGAAACCCGAAAAAGGUUGUCAUGGCAUCUCUUGAACUCUAGCCCCACCCUCCCAGCCCCUGUCCCUUCCACAGUAACCUUUCCAGAUGGUUCCUACUUACAGGAUUUCAUAAGGAAAACCACUGUUUGAAUAAACCGCACAAAUAAAGUUAAGUCGGAGAAUCUAAGAAAGUGAAAUGAAUCACAAAGUGUAUUUUUUUAAGCCAUGAAAAUCAUUGAUUUCAUUCCAUAAUGACUGAAUCAAGGAGGUAAAUGCCGUGUUUAGAAUGUUAGAUAUCAACCCCAGUAAUUUAUUAUCUGAAUUAAAUGCCAGUUAUCAGGCAAUACUUUUAAAAGAUACUUCUCUAUGGUUUUCUUUCUCCAAGAAGUUUCAAGCCAGCAAAUGAAAUUAAAAAGCAAAUGUCAAAGUGUUCUGUACACAUAGGCUAUGAGAGAGUCAGUGUACCUGAAACCUUUCUGCAAUGGACCUUCAGACUUCUUUUAAAAAAUCCAAAUCCCACUGCAGCACUGUCACCAUCACAGCACUUGAAAAGCGAACUAAACUUCAAACAUACAGAGGAUGCAUGCUUUUAACUAAGGGAAUUGCAGACAAUCAAUGAAAAGGAGGGUCUGGAAGUAACCAGAUCUUGGGAGAACACCUGCAAGGUUCAGCCGUCUACUAAGGGUUGCCAGAAGACGGACAGAAUCAGCAGUUCCAACUCCUUCCCACCUCUCAGCUGUGAAUAGAAGUGAUAACCCCUUCCACUAAGAAAUGCAAAGAAGCACGCGUGCCCCCCACCCUGAGUCUGAAGACUUAUGGAAACACUGUGAGAUAGAGAUCCCUGAGGAGCUCCACUGGAGAGCUGUUCUGGCCAGGAGGAUGCUCAGUUGUAAACUGCCUGGAUCAAGAAUACAUUGGCAGGUGCAUCACUGAUGGGCGGUGAUCUCUCUGCCAGCACAUAUUUUUGUUUCAGUUGACAUUAAAUAAUAUGUCUCUAGCAAAUGCUUUAUUUAAUGGAAACAGCUCUGAAUCGGGAGGAUUCUCUUCAUAUUGUGUGCAGUACAAAAGAUAUUGACCAAGAGAUAAGGAAGGAUAGUAAAAAUAUUAAGGUAUUAUUUCAAACUUUUGACAUUUCGAUGAAAUCUAACCAUCCAAAAUCUAUACUCAAUGCUGUGGAUAAAGAAAGCCUGAAUAUUUGUUUCUAACAAGCCAACUAUUAUUGUUUUCUAUUUUUCAGUUAGCUACUGGACUAUGUAAUCGUGAGGUAUAUUCAUGUUAUAUUUUAUGUUUUAGGUUAUGUGCAACUUUUAUUUGUGAAGAUGUAUUUUGUACCAAAGGCUCUUAUACAUAGAUUAGCCCAUUUACACGUAAAUAAAUGAAGUCUACACUGUGCCCAGAUGAAUAGUAUUAAAGACAGACUUGCCUAAAAGAAAUGUGCCUUGCUUGAUUAAACAUUCUUUUAUUUUUAGUUCAAAAUGAUAGAUUUUCCAGUUAGUCUUAUAGUUAGGUUUUAGCUGAGCUUAACUUUAUACAAAUAUAUUAGUACUUAAUAUAUGCUGUAAGUGGGCUCACUUAACUAAAAUUUUAGCAUUUAGUUUUAUUUUUCAAGCUCAUAUUAGUCUAUUUAUUCAAUUUAGUUCUUAUGGAUGGUUGGUGUGGUGAGACAAAGCACAUUCUCAGAGAUAUAUAUUUCAUCUAAUGUUUAUAACUUUUCCUUCAAAAUGAUAUAUGUAAUAGGUCCCUAGCUCAUUUUCUAUUUUUAUAUUCUUUUAGAAAUGGAACUUUUUUUCAAUUAAAAAAAAGUUUUAGUUAAAAAAGAGAUUUAGAAGGUUAUGAAGACAGUUUCCCUUUGGGGGACAUUUCACUUCUGUGUCAUUAUUAAUGUAUUUACUGUGACAUUUCAGCAGAAUGGUAGCUAUUUGUACAUUACUUCAUAGGCCUUAUGGAGAGUCAAACUGUGAACACUUAGUAUAUGGAAGACUUUAUCAUUUCCAUAUUUUAUCUGCAAAAUAAACCUGAACAAAUGUAUAAAUAACCAAUCUUCUGUUAUUUAACUGCAUAGCAAUGCUAAGUUAUAAAUAAAAGUACUUGUAGAAUUACAAUUACUAUAAAAAUAUUUUAGUAGCAAAGCCAAGAUUAUAAAUUUUUUGAUGCCCUGUGGAAGGAAAUGAAUUUCCUUGAUGCUAAGUUUCAUUGUCAGUAUAGAAGAAUCAGUAACUAAAACAAUCUUAUACCUACUAGCAGCAAAACAGAUGGGGAGAACCAGGGAACUUUCUUUGAGGCAAUAUCUAUAAUGAGAUUUUCACAAUCUGCUGGUAAUUUUUUUAUGAGCAAAACUUUGAGACCAGGUCAUUACAGGAAAAAGUAAAGUAAAGGAAUGUCAGCUCUCUCAUACUGAGCUGUUUGAAACUCCACUCUAAAUGAUCUGUGAUUAAAGUGGAAAUAUUGCCACCACCUUGUUUUUAUUUUGUGUUAGCCUAUGUUGCAGAGACACUGUCCCAAAGAAGAGUCAGUCCCUUGCAGACAGCUUAGUCCUCGUAAUUGAUAGUUGCAACCUGGUCAGUCGUAGAGUAGUCCUCAUCAGAAGUUGGACUAGUUGAAGCAAACUGAUCAACUGUGCUGUAGGAAGUCUUAUAUGUCUAGAUGUUUUUAGUAAGGAUAGUAAGUAUUAUAAAAAUAGACACAAAAUCUACCUUUAUGAAAUACCAAUGACAUAACUUUAAGCAUUAUAUUUAAUAUCAUGUUUAAUAGCUGCAUUAUUAUUACAGUCUGCAUUUCAAAGAAAUAAGAAAACCUGGAUUUUUGUACAGAAUGGUAUCAGAUGUGUAAACUGCCAUAUAAAAUAUAGUUCAGAGAAUGGGUAGGUAAAAGGAGACUAGAAUUCUCACCUACUUCCUACCUGUGAAAGCAUAGAUGAAGUCAGUUACCAUUGCUAGACUUCAGUUUCUUCCAUUGCCAAAUGGGUAUGACAGGUUCAGUGAUCUCUGGAGCCCUUUCCAAGCCCCCAAAUCCUCUUUCUACAUGUUCGAAAAAAAGCUUUGAGAAAUAUUUAAGAUUUUCUUAUACAUUUCUGGAAGGAAAGUAUAAAUUGAAAUAAGAUUUCAUAAAUCUUAAAAGUGUCAUAAAUAUGUCAUCCUUCAAAUUGAUUGUGCAAAGAAGAAAUAAGAUUCUUUAAGAAUUUUCACUGAUCUAUAAGGGGAUUGUGAAGAAGAAAAAUUACUCUGCAGAAGGGAAAAUAGACUAAAGUGAUAGCUAUAAAGGAGUAGAACUUUUUUGUGAAAUUUACUUAGAUGUUAAGGUGAUUUGGAAAUUGUACACACAAUGCUAAAAUAUACCAGAGCUUUAUUGUACACUCAACAUUGUAAGGGGAAGGUGAGAAAAGGCUAGUGCGAUAGAAGUGUUUGCCUUACAGUCUCUGGAUUUCCUUGUACACAAGCAGCAGUUUUGUGGAGCUGAUGCAGGAGUCUGUGCUGUAGUGCUGGCUCUGCCAAUAACUCCUGUGCCCUGGGAGGGUCCCUUUAACUUCUCAGAGCCUCAAUUGCUGUAUCUGUAAAGGGAAAGUUCUUUAAAUUUAGUAAUCUGUAUGCUUUUUUUCAUCUCCAAAAAUUCUGUAACAUUUUCACACUGUCACAAUGUGUACAUGUACAUGUUGCUGAGAUGCCACUUAGUCCUAAUCAAGUUACUGAAUAGAUUGCAAAUCCAAAUCAUAUUUCGGACAUUGCCGAUUGACCUCAGCAAGACAUAGAAAAGUUAAGCAUUCCUUUUUAUUUGACUAUGGCUUCAUUACUACAAUUUAUCAUUUCAUCUUUGAAUGCUGAGAGUUACCUAAAUACAAUGUCUGUUCAAGUUUAUCAUCUCUUUACAUUUUUGUAGUUAAAUGAACACUUAGCAGAUCAGAAUUACAUGUAUCAUGCUUACUAAUGAACUGUAGCUGAUUGUAAGGUACAUAUUUGUCACAUUAAAAGGUUAAUGGCCUUUUGGCAAUGUCUAUAAUUUUAAAUAAUAUUCAUAAAAUUUUGUAAUUUUUUUUUGCAUAUAAAGGAGGCCUGAUAGAGCCAUAUUGUAAUUAAUUUUGCUCAGGAGUGACAAACAAAAUUCAGGGAUAACCCCAAAACUUAUGUUUGGUAUUAGUGGACAGUUGGGAAAAGAAGGGUUAUAGCUUUUGCACAACGUAGAUAAGAGGUAAUACACCCAUUGAAAAAUAUGAACAUAUUCUGGUUGCCAAUUUUAUUGCAGAAAGAGAUUAGGUUAUAAUGAUGCUAAAAAUGUGGGCACUAGAGAAAUUGUUAAAUGUUAGCAGUCCAUCUGAAUAAUCCAGAAAUAUUUUGUCAUACUAAGAUUAUUUGUUCAGAGGUUUAGUCUUAUAUCCCUUCCAUUCAGAAAAGGGGGCAGUUUUUAAAGGCCUCUUAUCAUAAUAGGAAAUGUAUAUUUUGACUAGUGGAGCAAUUAAUUAAAACAUUGAAUCCAAUAAUUUUGGUUUGGUGAAUUUGAAUUUUAACUUUAGGUGUAAUUGAGUCUGUUAUGUAUUAGUGUUAGUAAUCUUUGUGAGAAGUGAUUUCAUCCAUUUAUUAAAAGUUGAUGAAAUUUGCUAAAUGUUAAUCUAGCAUAUUGUGUUAAUACUAUAUCUUACAACAAUUUGUGAAGCGAUCAUACUAAACAAACCAUCGUAGUAUCCUCCUGGUAAAUUGUUCCUAUGGUGUGAUCUUUUAAUGCUAGGUUUGGGGAUGGGGAGGUUAAGUACCUAGUUUACUUAAAACUGUCAAAGUGUUUUUCUUAAAUGCCAUAAAAUUGUAUGACUAUAAACCAAAUAAGAAUAGCCUCUUUUUAUUUUAAAAACACUGUAUAGACCAUUUGAGAACUACCCCAUAAAAUGCUAUAAUUUAUGUUAAAACACACCUGCAGAUGUGUUAUAUAUACACACACACACAAGGGAAAGCAAACAAUGUAUGUCACAUUUCUAGGUUAUAUGCUAAAUGUUUUAAAAAUCCAUUUUUGAAAUCUUAUACAGAUAGUAAUUAUGUAGAGGUCAGAAUAAUGAAUAGAACAUCUCCAUUUUUUCAUAAGCGAGUCUAAAAUUUAUCUGUAACUUUUUUUAGUAUCAUACUUUGCAAAGAUCAUACAUAUAUUUUAUUUACUCCUUACAGUGUUCAUCACAUGAAGUGCUAAUACCAUCUGAAGUUUAGAGCUUAAGCAUCCAAAGUUUAAGAAUUUCAAAUGACUUACCCAAGACACAUGGCUUGAAAGCUCAUAUUCUUCAUACUAUUCACUCUGUCAUGUUAUUUUUAUCUUAUUCAUUAUCUUAAAACUUUGACUAAAAUUUAAUUUUAAAAGAUACAUUGAGAAAUUUCAGAUUUUAACAAAAAGGCAUUGUUGCUAUUACGGUUUGACCUUUUUAUAUACUUCUAAACUAUGGUCCUUCCAGAGUGAUAUUCACAUUUUUCAUCUCAAACAUUAAGUCCACAUACCCUGACCACAGACUAAAUUCAUUUGAUGUCACAAUGCUAGACUGAAAAAUGACCUUCUUCUCUGAUAUUUCUAAUUUCCUUUUUUAAAAAACUAUCAUGAUGACUGAUUUCUGAACAGCUGAAAGAAGCAAUAAUCAACCCUAGAAACAGCAUUCAUUCUGAUUCCGAGGAAAAAGUCCAGACUGCAUUCAUCAUCAGAACCAUUUUUCAGCUUAUUGUUUUUCAUCAUACUUGUUCUGUGACUGGGGGAGUACAGGGAAGGAGGAAUGGAGAGGAAUGCUUUUUAUUAAAAAAAAAAAACAAACGAUUUCCUGUAACUAUUUAAAAUGAAUUAGUUAACCAAGUAUGAGAUAACAGUACUGUUAACAUUUAGCCAUAGUUUGGGGGUCAGCAGAUGGCAUAGCAGUUACGUCGCUGGAUUCCCACAUAGCCGACUGCAGUUCGAGUCUUGGACUCGGUGUCUUGAACCUCACAUCAGGCGCGUGUGUGUGCAUGCCC